AUGAGCGACGACGCACAGUGGGAGCUUUCGAAGCCGGCCUCAUCGCCGUGGGACGAAGCGCGCGUCAUUUCCCCAGACGGAUGGGAGCGCAUGAAGAAGGGAUUAACCCCGCGGGACAUGGACGACCGUUGGGUGAUUGUCUACCUCGAGAAGGACGGCGAGGAGAGCGUCGUGUUUGCCCGGAGUUGGACCAGAUUCACGCUGGGCAAGAUCACGGUCGCGCCCGCAGGGGAUGAUGGCAAGAGCCGUCGGAUAACGAAGUUUACGUGGGAAACAGACAAGGAGCGGUGGAAUGUCGAGGACCCAGAGACGGAGGCCAGGAAUUUGGUUGUGAGGUUCUCAAGCGGGGUUUUCCAGGUUGACUUGGCGGAUCAGCCGCCCUCCGAAUGGGAUUGA